AACCAACAAUUUAUAGUUUUUAAAUGUUUUUGUAUGUAGUUUAAUCAUAAACGAUGUAUCACGAUAUCAUUUGAUAAUGUGAAAACUAUAUCAGGUGAAAAUAUAAAACUGACUUAUCCAUGACCUAUUAUGCAAAUUAAUUUCAGGGAUUAUCUUCCUCGUCGUUGCUAUGCACAAAUGACAUAAUCUACCCCUUAAGUAAUAGAAAUUAAGACACAAACAAGUAAAACUAUUUUAUUUGAAAUGGUAUUGAAAUCGUCAGGUGGUUGCUGAGAUAUCUAUUCUAGUUUAUUCAGUAUAGUAUACAAAGAAUUGUAUAGACUUGCACAAGUUCCAACUUCCUCUAUACAAAGUGAUUUUCAUCUGAUCAUUAUGUCAAGCACAAGGCCCACCUCAGGAAAGGAAAUGGGGAAGAGUGUUCACAAGAAGAAAGAAUCUUUGCUUGCUAAAGUGGUGAGUAAGAAGAAAGGAACAAGUGGAAAACCUAGUGAUAACUCUGAAACUGAUAGUAAUGAUCAACAAACUACAGGAUCCACUGUUAGAGACAAAACCAACAUUCCUAGAGAAAAUGUAUCGGGAAGUAAAUCCACGGUUGUUACUGGACAUGAAACUACAAGAUCGGAUACCAUAAAUAAGUCCAAAACAUGCCACCACCCGAAGAAUCAGGAUAGCAGAGCAUCCCUAGCCAUUCAUGGAUCAAAUCCAGUUCAAGAACCGGAUCAUACAGAAAAACUUGAAUCUCACGAAGAACAACGACAUGUAUCUUCAGCUACUGCAACUUCGGCAUCUAAUCCGGAAAAUGGGAAUGGACCUUCAGUUGAAGCAUCCCCUAUGGUGAAGGAUUCGAAGACGAAGAGCAGGAUGUCUGAUAGCGACAAAAGCGUGCGUGUUCUUGUGAAAGAACAAGACUCGACCCCGAAAGAAUCCAAACCGAAGAUGAAUAGGACUGGAAUAGUUUCUGGAGAUGAUGCGACUGGCACCGUGACUGACUUAUCAAAUACCACAUCGGAGAAAGAACAAGGUAAGAGAACGGAACUCAGACAGGCAUCUACAUCCGUCGAUACGAAAUCUAAAGUUAGAGCAUCGGUUGAUGAUGAGAAAGAAAAUUCGAAAGGUCUUGUCAAUUCCAGCGAUGAUCACGUUCUGUCUUCUACAAACUGUGGUCGUCAACUUAAGCCUUCAAGUAAAGGGUCGGGAAAUGGAGAUGCUAGCUCAGGAGAAGUGAAAUUUUCGUCUAGCCAAACAUCGCAAUCAAAGCCUUUGAGUGACCUACACGCACGAAGCUCAAAUGCAGCUAAGGAUACAAGCUCCAUGACUGCAAAGCAUGAAUCGAAACAGCAAACGACUUUUUCAAAGCCUUCAGAUGCAAACUUGAGAGGAAGGACAGAACAAGAAAAUGCUUCAUCAAGAGAUCCAAACUCGCCGUCGAGCCCACCUACUCAAUCUUUGAGCGACAAUCAUUCUAGAAAAGCUGCUAAGCCAGACGAUCACGGCGGAAAUAAUUCUAAACAUCCUCCAUGUCACAUAUUCGUGAAUCCCACUAAAUGUGAGAUAACAGAAUUAGAAGUGGAUGUUGUCGUGUCAAGUGAGGAUACUGUACUCCAGGGAUAUGGCAUGGUGGCCAAACAGCUGAUGAAGAAGGGAGGUGAACGGUAUCAACAGCAUAAAGAAAUGGCAUGUUUUGCCAUUGGUGGUUUGAAAGAAUGGCACUUUAUGUUUACGCCUGGAGCAGGCAAUCUGAAGUGUAAAAAUGUAGUGCAUGUCAACAUACCAAGACUUCAAGAAUUCGACCAGGAAACAUGGUGUAGAAACUAUACUAAACUCAUUUGCAGAUUAUUGAAGAGAGUCGACUGUAUGGGGUUUAGGUCGAUGGCCAUUCCUUUGCUAGGCACAGGACGAAACGGUGCUCCAACGAGUUUCGUCAUCGACCUCAUUUGCAACCAGAUUCUGGACUUUUCCCAAAAAUCAACCGACAAGAUUUGGCUCCAGACCAUUUACAUCGUUCAUCCCGAUCGUUCCACUGUCAAAACUAUUGAAACUGUUGCUAAGCGACUGCCUUUUUGCCAAACACCGGAAGUGACAAAAACACCCGAUGUCCGAGUGGGUAAAAGCAAAACAGGCAAAGAUCAUUUUGAAAAGGGUGUUUUAUCGUUCAUUGAGAGAUAUUCGGUAAAACAAGAGAUGGUAAAAAGUGUCUUACAUGAGGAACAAUGCCCAAUAUGUAUUGACAAGAUUGAAUUGAAGGAAAGGGUGGAGUUAAACCAAUGCCAUCACGUUUUUUGUCUGACGUGUAUCAAACAAACCUUCGUCGUCAAACCAGCAUGUCCAGUAUGUAACAUUGUCUACGGUAUCGUCCGAGGAAUCCAGCCAGAGGGUUGUAUGGUCGAGGUGUUCCGAAAGGAGUCCCUACCCGGGUUUGAUGGAUGUGGUAUCAUCCAUAUUUACUACGCAUUCCCUGAUGGCAUACAAGAUAAAAAACAUCCAAACCCAGGAAGAAAUUACAGGGGGACCAAUCGUGAGGCUUUUUUACCCGACAACCAAGAAGGUCAGAAAGUGCAUCGCUUGUUGCGAAAAAGUUUUGAGCAGAAGUUGACCUUCACCAUCGGGAGUUCCAGGACUACAGGGCGCGAAGACGUUGUUACAUGGAAUGAUAUUCACCACAAGACCCGGAUGCAUGGUGGUCCUGAAAGAUUCGGUUACCCGGAUCCCUCGUACCUGAAACGUGUAGAAGAUGAAUUGGCAGCUAAAGGAAUUUCAGAGGCAACUGACCCCCUUGAGUAACAUUUUUAUCAAUAUACGAAAAAAGAUAUUGUUGAUUCAAACUCGGAUUCUCAGAGAGUAAUUUUUGGACGUUUUUGUUCAGAAACGUGUCUAGACCAGCACAAUUUUAAAUACAAAGAAACCUUCACGUCCUGACUGAAGAGGUUCUGCUUUAUACAGAAACCAAAGUGACCGGACCAGCGAGGUUCUAAAUUACGAGGAAUAUAACGUAAAUGGACAACAAGGUUCCACUAAAAGAUAAUUCGUAUUGUUCAAACUAUGGCUGUCCCGGUGUACACAGAAACCAAAGUGGCCGGACUCGGGAGGUUCUAAAUUACGAGGAAUCUAGCGUAAACGGACAACGAGGUUAUACUAAAAGAAAAGUCGUAUUAUUCGAACUGUCGAGGUCCCGGUGUACACAGAAACAAAAAUGGUCGGACUAACGAGGUUCCACUGUACACAAAAGAAACCAAAGUGUUGUGAUUACUACACUGUCUGCCUUAGAAACGUUAGCCUAUACUUAAUACGAUGUCGUACAUGUUUGUAAGUAAUGCAUUUACAUAAUGUGUUAAUUAUAACGGUGUUCUUUUUUGUAUUUGACAGUACAUGACUGUCAUUAUAUACCAUUCUACAAUGUAUUGCUUGCAGUGUGCAGUAGCGCACACUCACUGAUUCAUCCAUUCAAAAGAGUCACGUGACUGUUGUGGGAAUUUUUUUAUUACAUUUUAGGGGGGUGUCAUUAAAAUAAUGUCUACAUAAGGUAUUUGCGCCCGCGGAUUAGUGACACAUGUAGGCAUUCUUCUCUUUUGGGGAAAAAAAUUCCCCAAAAUUGAUUGGGAGAGGUUCUUGUCGUGAGAACACCGCAACCAUGUGCACAAAUCAAAAAGACACUGAAUAUAUAUAGAUGACCAGUGGCGGAUCCAGAGGGUUUAUUUUCCCCCUGGAAAUUCGGACUUUUUCAGAUGUACUUUUCUCUCGUCUCAAAAUAUGUAAGAUCUACCAAUGUAAUUUAAUUAAUAUAUCGCUUUGUAGCAAUUAUGUUUUUGAUCAAUAUCUCUUACGGCGUCAUCGAAAAGUAUUUCAUUUUACACUGCAUAACAAUGACGUCACAAAUAUUAUAGUGAAACAGGUUGAUUGGGUUGUUAUUUUUCUAUAUUAAAUACCAUCACAAGAA